CGUAGCACGCUCGUAGCCUCGUAGCGAGCUACGGCAGGCUGUAGUGCAACGUGAAUUUGAUAUAAAAAUAUACUAGGCUGCUGCUUCUAAUCAUUUGGUUCAAAACGAAAUGGUUUUAAAUAUAUAAAUAAACCUUUUUUUAAUGUAGUUGGUUUAUCCUGUUUCAAUAGACUCAUUUAUUUCUAUUAUUUAGCUUGAGAAUAAAAAACGGAACAAUUUAAUACAAUAAUAUACAUAACAACCACAUCAAUAUCGAAAACACAAUAUUUGAACUAACUUUUACAAAGAUAAACAAAUGAACGUCGAUUAGUCUGCAAAAAAUUGCAGAAAACAAAAACGCAUCACGGUAAUACACAAAAAAAAUACGUGUGAGCUCGUUCAAACAACGAUAAACAAAUGAAAAUCGACUAAUCACCCAAUACCGCAAAAACAAAAGCGCAUCGCGAAAACGAAAUGACGAACGACGACAAUAAAGGCGAGACGAGAGAGGCGAGAGGAUCGUGGCCGAGGAGGUCUGAGGAUGUCAAGAUCGAGUUUGGUUUCGGUGUACCGCUGGGAUCUAUGGGGGCUCAUCCGGCUUUCCAUUCUGCUUGGGACAUUGGAUGUCCAUCCUCCAGCUUCCACCACAUGGCCCGAAUGAUGGACCGCAUGAUGCACGAGAGCCUCCAGCCCUUCGGUUUUGCUCGCAUGAGCACCAGACGCGACAAGGAACCUCCUAGAGACGGUCUUCGGACCGAGAGGAGCGACACGCGAAGACAGAGGGCGGGGCAGCCUGACACACAUGUCGCUAACGGGACGAGACAUCCGCCAACACAAGUGGUAAGACCAACGAACGUCACCACGUUCCAAGAGCAGCCCAUGGAUCAGGCCAAACAGGUAGACCCCACCACAGAGCGCUGGGCCGGCACACUUCGCCGGAGGGACCCAGACCUUCAACCAACACUACCAUCAAUAAUUGCUACUAGAAAAACAUCCACAGCGUCAUCUGUAAGCAGCGGGAGGAAAACGCGAUCCGUUGAAAGAAUGCCGAAGACCUCAAGAGUCAGACAACUAGUUCCCAUCAAGCCAAUGGUCCGAAAACACGAUGUACCGAAUGAAGGAGGAGAUGUAACGAUUUUAGAGAAGGAUGAGAAAGUCUUCGACGCGACGGGGUAUGAGCUGCAUCUUGUUGAGACAUUGGAAAGGGAUAUACUUCAGAAGAAUCCUGACGUGCGUUGGAGGGAUGUCAUUGGCUUGGAUGAUGCGAAAUCUGUACUGCAGGAGGCAAUGGUGUUGCCGCUUGUGAUGCCCGAUUACUUCAAGGGUAUUCGACGACCAUGGAAAGGAGUUCUUUUGACUGGUCCACCUGGUACCGGCAAAACUUUGCUCGCAAGGGCGGUGGCCACCGAAUGCAGGACCACCUUCUUCAACGUAUCGUCUGCUACGCUCACUUCUAAAUAUCGUGGAGAUUCUGAGAAGCUUGUACGACUGCUGUUUGAUAUGGCUGCUUUCCACGCUCCAAGCACGAUAUUCCUUGAUGAAGUGGACUCGCUGUGCGCGGUGCGAGGCGCUGAUUCAGAACACGAGGCCUCUCGACGGUUCAAAGCUGAACUGCUCAUACAGAUGGAUGGACUGGCUGCUGCCUUCCACCGAGAUAAGAUCAUCAUGGUGCUCGCAGCCACCAACCAUCCCUGGGACAUCGACGAGGCCUUCCGAAGAAGGUUCGAGAAGAGGAUCUACAUUGGACUGCCUGAUGAAAGCACACGCGUGAAACUACUAAAGCUGAAUUUAAGGGAAGUGGCUCUCGAUCCUAAUGUGGACCUUCCAGAACUAGCUACCAAACUUGAAGGUUACAGCGGAUCGGACAUCUGCAACCUCUGCAGAGACGCAGCAAUGAUGACGAUGCGCCGCAAGAUCGCCGGCAAAUCCCCCGACCAGAUCAGGCACCUGAAGCGCUCAGAGCUCGAAGCCCCCGUCUCGAAGGAAGACCUGGUAGCCGCCACGGAGAAGACCCGCCGCACGGUCUCCCAGGCUGACGUGGCCAGGUACACUGGCUGGAUGCAGCGCCAUGGCUGCUCCUAGCAUAGGGCCGGCGCGUUGCAUGCGCUGCUUAUGAAGCUCAGGACUUAGGCACCAUCUGUCUCUGUUUCAGUUUUGUGUGGCUUGCGUGGAUGACAAUCACACCACCGUCGCCGUCGCGUCGCAUUGCGUGUCCGUCGUCCACGCAAGCCAUGGCGUCAGGGUCGGUUGUACCAAACCAUCCUUAACUGUUAAAAAAUUCGCAAAAUUUCUUACUAUGCUGAUUGUUUUAUUAAUUUGUUGAAUCUGGUUGGUGCGCCUUGGCUAUAUGUUAAUAAUACAGUUGGUUUUUAGAAUAAUUACAAAAAUAUGAUGCAAUUUGAUGCAAUAAGUCCCUGAACACUGAUUAAAGGUGAUAGAAAAGUGAAGUUUAUACAAAAGUUUUGUAACUAGCAGUUGGUCUUGUAAGAAAAGGUUGGUAAAGGAUUUUUACAUUAUUGAAAUAAAUACGUUUGUAAAAUUGAUUAGUGUUUUGUUGAUAAUUAGAGUUUUUUACAGGUAGAAUUAACGAGUUACAAGAAAUUUUUGAAAUGGAAUUGGCUAAAGGAAGAUUCCGAAUUAGGUAUUAAUUAUCUUUAAAACCUAUUUAGUAAAUAUACGCAGAUGGUGCCUAGGCUAGACUGAAUUUAAAUGGUUUUUUUAAGGAAUAAGGUAGAAUUUAGAGAGCUAAAUUUAGAAGAGAAGACAAAUUUGAAUGUGAAUAAGCAGAAAUUGCGUAGAAAUCGUCGAAUAAAACUCUUAUUGACUGAGCAUCGCCAUUUGAGCGAAUAAUGAUUAUUUAAAAGAGAUGAUGCUGUUUGGCAUCACGCUAUUCAUACCGUAUAAAGAUUAGUGUAAUUUUUUACUUAACAGAACUUUGAAUAAAAAUAAUUGGUCUUUAGUUACAACUGUGGAUGGGUGCAUUAAAAACGUAUCAUAAAUGCUACAAUUUCACCUAAAGAUAUACAGUAUAAUGUAGAUUUUUACCUGAAGCU